GCCGAUGACUUCGGCUCUGUCAUGGGAUCAGCUGUGUGCAAUCACAGCUGAUCGCAUGUAUAUAAGGAAAUGCCAGUUAUUGGCAUUUCUCUCCUCACAACAUUCUUCAGAUGGGACAUCUACAAGGACCAUCAGGGCACUGAUAAUCAGUGCCCUGAUGAUCAGUGUAGCCCCCUCAAGGCCACCUGUCAGUGCCCAUCAAUGCCACAUAUCAGUGCCCAUCUGAGCUUCCUUUCAGUGCCAACUAUCAGUGCCAGUCAAUGCCAUAUAUGAGUACUGCCUUUCAGUGCCCAUCAGUGAUGACUGUCAAUGCCCAUCAGU